UAUCUACUUUCCUCCCUCUCUCUCACUCUCUCUCUCUUUCUCUCUUUCUCUCUCUCUCUCUCUCGCUCACACUGGGGAGGAGAGUGGGGUGGGGGGAAGACAGUGCAGCUAAUUGGAAUGGGCGCAUCAUCUCCACCUCCUCCUCUUCCUCCUCUCCACCCACAUUUGCGUAUUCCCCACUCUGCCCCUGCCCGGCUUCUCCUCCUUUUCCUGUUGCUUAUAUUCCCCCCCGUGUCCACGUCCGUUAACAUCACCGCCGUGCUCUCCGCCUACCCCGACCUCUCCGACUUCAGCCGCCUCCUCAGAUCCACCUCUGUCCCCGGUGACCUCGCCGGCCGCUCCUCCCUCACCAUUCUCGCCGUCCCCAACGCCUACCUCCUCCGCUCCUCCGCCGCCCGUGCCGCCGCUGCCGCUGACAUCGCCGACGUCCUCCGCUACCACGUCCUCCUCGAGUACCUCUCCUGGCCCGACCUCCGCAGCAUCCCCGCCGGCGGGAAACUCGUCACCACACUCUACCAGACCACCGGCCGCGCCGCCGGAAACCUCGGCGCCGUCAACCUCACCCGCGACGACGAAGGCGCCGUCACUGCGCGUUCGCCCUUCCCCUUCUCCGCCUCCAACGCCACCGUCCUCGACCUCGUCGGCACCGUCCCCUACAACGUCUCCAUCUUCGCCGUCGACGCGCUCCUCCUCCCUUAUGGGUUCGACCUCGCCGCCUCCGAGACCCGACCUUCUGUCCGGGUCAACAUCACCCGGGUCCUCGUCGAUGGCCGCGACUUCAACGUGGCAGCCUCCAUGCUCGAGGCGUCGGGCGUCGCGUCGGAGUUCGAGGCCGCCGAGCGCGGCGCCGGGAUCACCGUCUUCGUUCCCACGGACGAGGCCUUCGCGGAUCUCCCCGUCACCGAGCGGCUGCAGUCGCUGCCGGCGGAUCGCAAGGCGGUGGUUCUCCGCUUCCACGUGCUCCAGUCCUACUAUCCCCUCGGUUCCCUCGAGUCCAUCGUGAACCCCGUCCAGCCCACGCUCGCCACCGCGGACACCGGCGCCGGCCGCUUCACCCUCAACAUCACCCGCGUCAAUGGCUCGGUGGCCAUCGACACCGGCGUGGUCCAGGCGUCCAUCACCCGCACCGUGUUCGACCAGAACCCGGUGGCCAUAUUCGCCGUCUCCAAAGUGCUACUGCCAAGGGAAAUCUUCACGGGGGAGACCAGCGGCGCGAUGCAGGCGGUGGCUGCCGCGCCGCAGCCACCGGAGGCGGCAGGUCUGCCGCCGCAGGGGGCGGAGGAGGUGGACACACCGCCAGCGAGUAUGUCGUCGCCACCGGGCGUCAGGGAAGAUGUCACGUCAGGGGCGGACGGCCGCGAAGAGGUUGCUCUGUUUUGUACAGCGUCGCUCUAUCUAAUGCUGCUCUUACUGAGGAGGUUCCCAUGCGGGACAAGGAGCUGAUGCCAUUAUUCACAGGAUUAUCAUCCAUGGUCUUUGUUCUGAUGGAUCAGUGGAAGAAGCUUGCCACAUUCAUUCUGAGAUGAAAUGAAGAAACAUUAUGCAAACCUUGGUCACAUAUAAUACACUCAUCGAUGAACUUUAUGAAUCUGGCGAUUGUGUAAAGGCAUCAAUUCCAUGGACCGAGUGCUAUAGGCUGGAUUGGAACCAUAUAUCAUCUCUUGCAACAUAUCUUCUAUGGGCCUUUGUUUAUAAAAUAGAACAUCUGAAGCCGUCCAGUUUUUGUUGGAGAAUCACUGAGCCAUGGCAGGGUCCCAACAUCUUUUACCUGGAGUAAAGGCCUGCUUAAUACGAUCUCUGUGAGUCCUUCUCAAGGCGAGGAUUCUUUCUCCCAGUUAACUAUCUAUUUCCCUUAUUUUGUUGUUCAGCUCUUACAUGUGAAUUAAUGUUGUAACUCCAAAAGAUGUUCUUAUAUGUUUAGAUACAAAUUCCUAUAGUUGCCUUA